AUGUCCACGCUCUACGUGACAGAGCCACCGACGGAUGGCAAAGUCAUCUUACAUACCGCCAAGGGCGAGAUUGAAAUUGAGCUAUGGUCCAAAGAAGCACCCAAAGCAUGCCGGAACUUUGUGGCGCUAGCUAUGGAGGGGUACUAUGACGGAUGUGUAUGGCACCGCGUAGUUCCUGGCUUUAUUGUGCAAACAGGUGAUCCCACGGGUACAGGAGAAGGCGCAGGUGAAUCGUUCUAUGGAAAGCCCUUUGCUAACGAAUUGCACCAGCGACUCCGAUUUAACCGACGUGGCCUCGUCGCGAUGGCGAAUACGGGGGAACGCAACUCGAAUGACAGUCAGUUCUUUAUUACGCUGGACGCAACGCCUGAACUACAAAACAAGCACACGAUCUUUGGCCGGGUAGCAGGAGCUACGAUCUACAAUGCGCUAGCCCUGGCCGAUGUCGAGCUCUCGGCCACGGAACCUGACCGACCUGUAUACCCUCCCAAACUCUUCCGUGCAGAAGUCGUCCACAAUCCUUUCCCUGCUUUGGUGCCACGCAUUACGCCAGCCGAGCGUGAAGCACAAAAAGCGGCCAAAAAGAUGGCCGCCGAACGCCAAAGCGCUAUGGAGCGACAACGAAAGAAGCCCAAGAAAAACACGGCCUUGCUGAGUUUUGGCGACGAGGAGGAUGUGCCUGUGAUUAGCACGGAGAAGAAACCAAUGAGCUCCCAUGAUCUCUUGGACGACAAGCGCCUGAGCAAGCGCACCUAUGCACCGCCGCCUGCCAAAACGAAAUCACGCGACGACCAGGUCGAGGCAGUAGCGCAGCUGCCACUUGCCCAGCCGGAUGCCAACGAAGCAAAGGCUCCGUACGAGGCGGUCCCGGCGCCAAAGGAGACAGCAAACGUGUCAUCUGGGCGCGAAUUGCUCGCUUCGCUUGUUGGACAGUACAAGAAAGAAAAGUCGGCGACAAACAAACGCAAGGACAAAGAUGCCAGCACGUUGGCGAUGCUGGAAUCGUUCCAAAAGAAAAUUCGGUCUGAUGACGCGAGAGUGCCAACGAAAGAUAUGCAUUCCAGACCUUCUGGUGGCAGUGCUUGGGACGAUGAAGACGACAUGCGCGAGUACGGUGCGAGCGAUGAAGACGAUGUAGAUUGGCGGUCACAUACGUUCGAUUCAGGUGGCAUGCCACUCUCAGGGUCGCAUGACAAGUACUCUGUGCAGGAUUAUCAAGUGAUUGACUCACGCGAUACAAAAAGUGACGUCGCUGCUUCUAUGGGCUUCGGAGGUGAAAAUGUCGUGCGGCAGCAUCAAUCUCGCACCCGGCAAGAACGUCUCAAGACGGAAGGACGUCGUGGACGAGAUUGGGUGUAG